GAGUUGUUGUAUGCUCGUGAUCCAGUGAACGAAAGGAAACCGAAGCUCACCAUCCUCCCGAAUGACAAGGCUUCAGACUUCCGCUGGAUACAUCUACCAGCGAAUAACAUGGCCUGGAUUGAAGCGCUCUUAACGAAAUUGUUCAUCGAAGAAGGAGCUAGUGAUGUAGAAGGUUUCAAAGCCUUAGAGCGAUCAUUCAGUCACCAACAUCGAGGACAGCAAUCUCACUCACAUUUCAUGAGACCACUUUGUCAAAGCACGACUCGAGCUCCACGCAUUCCGAAAACGCUUGAUGAAUCGGGUGACAGCUCAAAUGAACAAGGUCCACCAACGAUUGUUAUCAACGGUCCGAAUGCUGCACCGAGAACACCAAAUCGCAAUCCUACACGCCAGGACAGUUAUGACUGGUCCAAAACCUCUCCUGGCCAUAGCGGAAAGGAGAACAAGACCGACAGAAAUGAAAGAGGUAAGAAGGACAAGGCGUAUGUGAAAGGCAACAAGUCACCCAAAGGGAGCGACACCCCUAAAUUUGAAUCUUUACGAAAAUCCAAUGGUCCGGAUAGCCCUCGGCCAGGCUCUGCUGCACGAAAGGAGAUUACCCAACAAAAAGGCAAUGUCUUUACCUACAUGCCUUAUCUGCAUUUUGAGACUACUCGACGCCGACAGGAAAUGCAAGAAGCUAUCAAACGAGCUGAGACUAUGAAGUUACCCCUGUGCCGACUUGGUAAAGCUCAGACAUACGAUGAAAUGCUCAUUAGAGCACAUCUCAACACAUCCACGGUCUCGCUACAUGUUCGUCGCACAUUGGAUCAAUCGUUCUACCACAAUAUUGAUACAUCAAGUCGAGAUACAGAUCAAGUUGUCUACCGAUAUCAAGUUAGAACACAAGGCGAGGCAGAGGACGUCGAUCCGAAAGUCGUAAUGGUGGACCAAUUGUGGAUGUGGGUUCUGGGCAAAGAUCUCAUUGUCACUGCAUUUCCGCAGAGAUGGCAGCAACCGAAGAACGAUCCAUUGAAUGUACUUGAUAGUGUCAUUGAAGACAUCAACAGCAAAACCCGGGAUCCAGUAAAAUCUGUCUAUGACCUGGCUAUGGUCAUCACAAAUCGCUGUACAGGUGUUUUUGACAGACACCGAAUGGGAGACGAGGACUAUCAAUUCCUCGACAUGUUCGAAUCCAGCAUUGGAAAUGCAACAGAUCGCGAAACGGUCUUGUUCAAGGAAUUCAACGCAGCUUCAGCACAAGCCUCACAAUGGCUAUCUCAUCAUCGACGAUGGCAUAGAUCUUCAAAGUUAUUACAUUAUGACCCCGACGCUAUAGCGAAAGAUCGCGAAAAUGCUGAAGAGCAAUUUGAUGCCGAAGAGCUUCAGCGUCGUCCUUUUUUUGUCGACAGACUCCUGGAUAUUGGACAAGAAACGGAUCUCUUAGCAGAAACAAAGGAUAUUCGAGAUGAGUUAAACAUGAUUGCCAAAGUUCUCGAAGAUCAGGAACACGUGUUGGUCAAUCUACGGGAUGCGAUUCUCGAGAUCUAUUAUGACGAGCAGAAAAGUCAACAGGAUGUCAAGAAACGCUUCAGAGACCAACUCAAAACAAUCGAGAUCCACCUAAAAGACAUCGAUCGAAUGGAUCGACAGGCAGAACGAAUCUACAAGUCUAUCACAGACAUGCUGGAUCUCAAACAAAAACACGCCAAUGUUUUUGAAGCACGCUUUGCAAGGGAUCAAGCUGCCGUUGGUGCACGGCAGAGUCAGACCAUUAUGGUAUUCACAAUUGUGACAAUUAUUUUCCUCCCUUUGAGUUUUAUUGCUGCCUUCUUCGCAAUAAAUAUCCAAGAGUUUCCAAGGAACGACCAAGGCCCGAGUCUACCACUGGGAUACGUCAGCAAAUAUCUCUUUGGUAUCGGCCUCGCUGUCAGCAUCCCACUCAUUGUUCUUGCUUUGAGGCUGGACGAUAUCGUGGAAGCAUGGAGAUAUUUUAGGAAGUGGAGAGCUAUGAGCGCACUGAAGAAGCGAUUGGGAAAAGAUGGACUUUCGAAUGGCGAUAAGCCAUUGGCUAGCAUCGAUGUCUUGAGGAUCGAACAGACGCUAAGCCUGGCCAAAAGUCUUGAGACUGAGUGGAUAAGAGAGAGACUUAGCAUGAACAGUCGAAGGCCUGGCACUGCUCAAACAAGAGAAGAGAGAGAAAGGGAGCAGCAGAGAGAAAAGGCUACAGGGUUCAGAAUGAGAGUCAGCCAAGAUAUUGAGAGGGGGGAGAUCUCGAGGACUCAGCACUUGGGAAAAGCUUAACGUAAAAAUAUGGUACGGUAUGAAGAUACCCGUUACGGCAUUGUUUUGAUUAUGACUAUCAUGAUGUUAUGACUUGUAAAAUAGGCGACUUGAACCUAGUACUUAUAGUAAUGAGAAUAGCAUAGCACGACAUAU